UAAGAAAUCUUGUAUUUCAGUGAUCCAGCUAUCAAAUUGCUCAUUAGUAAUGGCUGCAAAACGACUUAAUGUUUUACUGAUUAAAGGCCGAUCUUCUAUCGGUAGUUUGUUGAGAUAUUCUUCAAACAGUUGCCUCUAUAUGGCAUAUAUGAAAAACUAUUCAAAUUGGCAACCAUCGACGAAGUAGCGUUUGCACGAGUCGACCAUGACACAUGCAGAGUGCCUGACAUAUGUAUUCGAAUAGCUUUUUGUUCGGGUCAAAAUCAAAAGGCCAAGGUUUUGAAAAUUGCUACUAAUAGAUAUAGGUCACUGGUACUAAAUUCCAAGGCCCGAGCUCAUAAGUUGCGAAUAAGGGAAUAAAAGCCUUAACACAAGAUAGGCAGGGUAUCUAUGACCUAUGAAAUCUCAUUAUAUUGUCUAAUACGACCAAUAAUGAUUUUGUGUGUGCCAAUAUGUAGGGUAUCUAUAGUAGUAUAUACCUACAAAAUUUCAGUCCUAAAAACAUUGUUGUUGAUGAAUGGUGAAAUACACAAUGUAUAUGGCCUACAUCAAUUAUAGUCAUUUUUGACCCGAGGGUGUCUUUAUUGUGGACUUAAUAUCUCAAGAAAGGAAAGGUUUUAGAAGCUGAAAUUUUUAGCGUUUUCAUAUGUCACUUAGGGCUAUAUGCUGACAAAAUUUCUUUGAAAUCUGAGACAUCGAUUGAGCAGGGGUAUUGGGAAAUGUAUAGUCUAUUUCGUGCAUUGACUCCUAGGAGUUUCCAGAAAUUCUUAUGAAUCUCCAAAAUCCUCUGAACUCUGUAUGAAUCCUUAAUAGAAACUGAAUUAUUGAAAAAUUUGUUGAUUUUGAAUUACUUUGUGAUCCAUUUCCAUCAUGGACCCGAGCAUCACAAAGGAUAAGACAUUAGAACUUAUGGAAGACCUAUAGAAUAGGGUUGGAGGACUUAAACUGUAAAUAAUUGAAAACCGAGAAAAAUAGUUCUUCGAUUAUUCAAAAACCCACGAACGAGCGGAUAGUGCUUGAGGACUUAUAGAUACCCUAGAGGAUAAGACUUGAGGACUUAUGAGUAUUUACUAUCAUCGCAUUCUGAUCAAUGAGAUAUAAUGUCAGUGUCAGUAUUUCAGUGUGCACACCAACACUGAUAUAUCUCUAGUUGAGGAUUUAUAAGCAGCGCCAUGAGAUAACCCUUGAAGGGCCAUGGAGAAACCCGUAACAGACCAAUUUCAAUCACUUCCAAUCAAUUCUAAUCAAUUUCAAGACUCAGUAUUGACUGCAAUUAGAAUUUUCGUAUCUCUACAUUUCACUGUCAUUUUUCUAACGACAUUCUUUUCUUUUUCUUGUAUCGAUAUUAUCUACAAUGGAGGGGAAACAAGCGCUUGUUAUUGACAAUGGCAGUGGUGAGUUUUGAAAGAAGAGAUUCGCACAUAGAACUUCAGUAUCUAAUAAAUGAUUGUGUUUAUUUGAAAAAAAAAGGUACAAUCAAAGCUGGCUUUGCUGGUGAUGAUGCACCACGUUCAGUGUUUCCGUCGACUGUUGGUCGAGCCCGUCACUCAGAUGCGAUGGUUGAUGCGUCUCAAAAGGACUUUUAUGUCGGUAAUGAAGCUCAAGAGAAACGAGACGAGCACCCGCUGUUGCUCACCGAACGUGUACUUAAUCCAAAGAGCAAUCGUGAGGAAAUGGCAAAAAUCAUAUUCGAAAAAUUCAAUGCUCCUGCCUUCUAUGUGGCUGUUCAGGGUGUUCUUUCUUGCUAUGCAAGUGGUCGUAAAACUGGUAUUGUGCUCGAUUCUGGUGAUGGUGUCACACAAAUUGUCCCACUCAUUGAGGGUGAAAUUCUUCAUCCAGAAAAAGACAAAAAUUUCGAGCAGUUAAAUACUACACAUGUUCUUUCGGAUGCAGCUCUUUGUCUUGAUUUGGGUGGUCAAGAGUUGACCGAUUAUUUGAUUAAGCUUUUGAUGGAACGUGGCUAUACAUUUGGAACAACACCCGAACGUGAAACAGUUUGGGAUAUCAAAGAGAAGUAUUUCUAUGUGGCACUUGAUUUUGAUGCAGAAAUGGCGAAAGCUAUGCAAUCUACAGAGUUUGACAAGUCCUAUGAGCUGCCCGAUGGUCAAGUCAUUACCAUCGAGAAUGAACAAUUUCGAUGUGCAGAAGUCUUAUUUAAACCGAUGCUUCUCGGCAUGGAAGAGGCUGGCAUUCAUGAAGCAAUCUACAAUUCGAUUAUGAAAUGCGACAGCAAUAUUCAGAAGCAUUUAUAUGGGAACAUCGUUCUUAGUGGUGGUACGACAAUGCUUCCGGGUAUUGCUGAUCGAAUAAAGAAGGAAAUCACUCCAUUGGCACCACGGACAACAAAAAUUGAAAUUAUUGCACAACCUGAACGUAAACAUGCUACAUGGAUCGGUGGUGCAAUGUUGGCUGCAUUAUCAACAUUUCAAGCUAUGUGGAUUUCUAAAGAAGAAUAUGAAGAACAAGGUCCAUCAAUUGUUCAUCGCAAGUGUGUUUAA